GCUUCCCGCCAGAUUUAAGGACCUUUCGUCUGCGGCGGAUGGUCUGUGGCCUCAGUCAAUCAGAUUGGGAACUGACGAGCACUUACAUAGGAGUUGAAGCACCUGCAUACUACAUUGAAAAUGCCUUCCUAUACCAACGUACUUAAUGAAAGAGUGACAAAUGUUGCUCAUGAAGACAAAGAAAAUAAGGUACACACGGAAAGGGACAACAGUGUUACCCUCAAGGAUAAGGACUCAAACCGCAAGGCAAACAAGAUUGUCACUCCCGUUAAGGCCAAUAUCCCUCAGCAGAAUGACCGGGUAGUUGCUAUUGAUAAGGAAUCGGAGCCUCUUCUGAGAGAGAACCCAGGUCGUUUUGUCAUUUUGCCCAUCCAGUAUCCAGAUAUCUUCAAAAUGUACAAGAAAGCUCUUGCAUCUUUCUGGACUACAGAUGAGGUUGACUUGUCAAAGGAUCAUAGUGACUGGAUUAAUAAACUUAAGGAUGGGGAACGCCACUUCAUUUCUCAUAUCCUUGCAUUCUUUGCUGCUUCUGAUGGCAUCGUUAAUGAAAACCUUGUAGAGCGAUUUUGUCAGGAAGUGCAAGUAACGGAAGCAAGAUGUUUUUAUGGUUUCCAGAUUGCUAUUGAAAAUGUUCAUAGCGAGAUGUACAGUCUUCUCAUAAAUGCCUACAUAGAUGAUCCAAUGGAACAGAACAAAUUAUUCAAUGCCAUAGAGACCUUGCCAUGUGUUAAGAAAAAGGCUAAUUGGGCUCUGAGGUGGAUAUCCCACAACACUGCAACAUUUGCUGAACGGAUCAUUGCCUUUGCAGCUGUUGAAGGUAUUUUCUUCAGUGGUUCAUUUGCUGCUAUUUUUUGGAUUAAAAAGCGUGGUUUGAUGCCAGGACUGACCUUCAGUAAUGAAUUGAUCUCGAGGGAUGAAGGUCUACACACAGACUUUGCCUGUUUGAUGUUUAAGCACCUGGUGAACAAGCCAAGUGAAGAACACGUACAAUCCAUCAUUGAUGAUGCUGUGAAAAUUGAGCAGGAGUUUCUAACAGAUGCCCUUCCAGUGAACCUCAUUGGCAUGAACUGCAUGCUAAUGCGACAAUAUAUUGAAUUUGUUGCUGACCGACUUCUUGUUGAGCUAAACUGUGAGAAGUUGUAUAAUGUAGGAAACCCUUUUGACUUUAUGGAAAAUAUCUCUUUGGAAGGAAAAACCAACUUCUUUGAAAAGAGAGUUGGGGAAUAUCAAAAAUGUGGUGUGAUGAACUCUAAAGAAGAGCGCUGUUUCACUUUGGAUGCGGAUUUCUAAGUCUACCUGAAUGAGAAAUGGAAAUUCAAGAAAAGACUUAAUUUAGUUUUUGUACAGUACAGUACAGUAUUACUUAAAAUGAUACUGAUUAUAAGUUGUCAAGAAUGAGAAGUGGAAGAAAAAACUUCAGGUAUUUUUAUGCAGUACAGUAUUGUUUUAACGGAUAGUUCUGAUUUUGAAGUCGACGUGAAUGACAAGUGAAAGUGCAGGAAACCCCAUUUAGUUGUUUUUGUUCUGUAUAGUACAGUAUUAUUUUAAUUAACAUAAUGAUUGUAUAAUUUUUAGUUGUAUAUUUUGUAUAUCGGACUUAUUUCGUACAAUAAAUUUAUAUGCAUUUUUA